UGUGGACGGGGCUGCUGCUGAGAGAGAGGAGGGGUGAGUGUGCCGUGUGCUGUGGCUUAUCCUCGUCCUAUGCGGAUUUCACUGCUCGCUGUCUCACCAUCCGGGGGUAGGCCGGGAUUUUAGGUGCUGACAUCCCCUUUUAAAAAGAUCCCUUCAGCCACGCUGGUUGUAUAUAGGCUGAGUGGAUAGUUGCUGUUGCACUGCUUGGUGGGUAGCUGUUAUCGACGCUGAGGACCUGGACAGGAGAGGAGCAGAGAGACGAGGAUGCUCCGAGGACAACGCGAGAGAUGAGCGGUGGACAUGGGGUGUCCUAUGACUCCUGACAGAGAAGAGGAGCCUUCACUGGCAUAACUACCUCUCCUCUCCUCUCCUCUCCUCUCCUCUCUCCAUCCACUUUCCCAUUUUCACCCCCUAUAACCUGUUGAGUAUUUGUUUUUCCACCUUCUCUCCCUGUACCCAUCCACCCAUCACCAUGACAACCUCAGCCCUGCGCCGGCAGGUGAAGAAUAUUGUGCACAACUAUUCAGAAGCCGAGAUCAAGGUCCGCGAGGCCACCUCCAACGAUCCAUGGGGCCCGUCCUCGUCUCUCAUGUCAGAGAUCGCCGACCUGACCUUCAACGUGGUGGCGUUUGCCGAGGUCAUGGGCAUGGUGUGGAAACGGCUCAACGACAGCGGCAAGAACUGGAGGCACGUCUACAAGGCGCUGACUCUGUUGGAUUACCUGCUGAAGACAGGGUCGGAGAGAGUAGGCCAGCAGUGCCGUGAAAACGCGUUCACAAUUCAGACACUGCGUGACUUCCAGUACGUGGACCGCGAUGGCAGAGACCAGGGGGCGAACGUGCGGGAGAAAGCCCGCCAGCUGGUGUGCCUCCUCCGGGACGAGGAGCGGCUCCGGCAGGAGAGGAGUCAGGCCCUGAAGACCAAGGAGCGGAUGGCUGGGGGAGGCAGCGGAGGAGGCGGGGGCGUGUACGGAGGCAUACCCCCGUCUUAUCACCCAGGCAGACGCACUAGUCAGCCCAGCAUGGCUGUGCUGUACGGAGAGGAGUUCAGCCGCUCCAGAGGCUCUCCGUCCUCCUUCAACUCCUCGUCCUCGUCCCCUCGCGCCGCCUCAGACCUGGAGCAGGCGCGACCUCAGACCAGUGGGGAGGAGGAGCUGCAACUGCAGCUCGCCCUAGCCAUGAGCAGGGAGGAGAGUCAGAAGGAGCAGCGCUGUCGCCAAGGAGACGAGUCACUGUUACAGAAGGCCCUGGAUGAGAGCCGGAGAGAGAGCCAGUCAGGGCCAUGCGAGUCGGCCAUGUUGGACCUGGUGGACAUUUUUGGAUCCUCGUCCGAGCCGCCGGCUCCCCCUGGUGACCCUUGGAACUCUGCUCAGCCCAACUCAAACACCACCUCCGACCCCUGGGACUCUGUAGCAGUCCAGUCCAGCACUCCUGUGAUUGGUAGCCCUUGGGCGGCCCCUCCCUCCUCCUCCAGCAAGUCCAACCCUUGGGCUCCAUGUGCAAACUCACCCACGGACCCCUGGGAGGCUGCACCUGCGUCCUCGAGUCCUGUCAAUCAAGAGUGGGACAGCCCAACAGAUGGAGAUCAUGAUGGAACACAUCCAUUCACUGCACAGGAAGAGGAGAAGCCUAAACAGGAGGCUCCCCAAGUGUCCUCCCCUCAACCUGCCAGUCCCACAGAUUCCGAGUUGUUUGGGCCAAGGUCAGAGUCUGAUCCGUUUUCAGACUCUAGGCCAGAUCCAUUUGGAACAGAUCCAGCCGUGAAACCCCAGGUAAACGGAAGAGAGUCGGCCAGCCCGGAGAUGUUUGACCUAGCUCGACUAGGCCCCCCCCUCAGCGCCCCGCCCGCACGUUUGUGUCGAACUCCAGAGGCUUUCCUUGGACCUACGGGGGCCUCUCUGGUCAACUUGGACGCUCUGAUUCCCCCCACGCCCCCGAGCAAGACGCACAAUAACCCCUUCCUCUCAGGUCUGAGUGCACCAUCUCCCACCAAUCCCUUCCACUGCGACCAGCCUCGCCUCACCCUCAACCAAAUGCGACCGUCCUCCACUUCCCCGCUGCCCCCUCACAUGCUGUCCUACAGUCCAUCGCUGCCCCUGCCUCUGCUCCACCGGCCGCCCGUCCUCCCCUCCUCCUUCACGCAGCCUCCUGCUGGACUCCUGGACCUUCCGUCGAACCUCCCACAGCCCCUGCUCCCUCUCUCUCCUCGGCCGGCGCCACGCACACAGUCACAGACACAGACACACAGCCACAACCCGUUCCUCUGAGACUCCUGCUCCUUCUCAAGCUCUGGUCUCAAGAGGGAGACGGCAGAAUGGACUCUUUUGGGAUCUAUGCUAACUACAAUAAGCCUAGUUUAAACGAGCCUGUACCGGAUCCUGGUCUGAUGUCAUUGUGCUCACUUGAGGUGGAUGAAACUUGGACAGGAUGUGUUUGUGUCCGUCUAAAGACACACCAGCUGCUAUAUAACCUGAACUCUUGAAGAAAAGCUCUCUCAUGCACACACUUAGAGUAUACACAAAGAAACACGCGCUCAGGUGCACUUCAGGUGCAUGAACAGACAUGUACCCCACACCAAAAUAACAGGGAACAUCUCAGCAGUCCCUUCAAUGCCUUUCCCAUCAGCAGCGACAGCUCCCAGCAGCCUUUGAGAGGCAGAACUACUCUGUAGACGACUCAGACGAAGCCACACACAUUGAUUGUCCACCAAGAGUCACCAGGAUCCUUACCGCUGCUGCUUCACCGACACAAGCAUGAAUGCCUCCCACCCUCAAGACUCCAAACUAUUCUAUACCGCCGAGCACCUGGGAUGAGUUUGUCAAAUAAAUCCAGUUUCAUGAGCUCCCUCCGUCACUGGAGAAGCUCCAAAUGUGAGUUCUUUUGAGGUUUAUCAAAGCAUCGCAGAGAGCACUGUUCAGAAACUAGUCAGCUCCUUCUUACAUGGUAUAUAUUUUGCAUUUCCCUGGAAGCACUCUGACUUAGCUAGAUUUUCAAGGCAAGUGACCCCACCAGGAUCCAAGUGGAUUCAAAACUGGACUAAACUAGUCUAACCUACUACUACCUAACUGCUUCAAUCUGGACCUAACCUGAUCACUGAUUGUAUCCCCAUCGGACCCCCGUGCCUGUCUCUAAUGCUUACCCACAAUGCAUUCCCAGCUAGUUCAGUUUGGCACCAUUUAGGAGGACCUCAGGGAGACCACUCUGUCCCUUCUCCAAUGAGAUUCAACCGUAUUUCUGUAAAGGCGUACGUCAACAGAACAAAAUGACAGGGAGAUCUGUGACUUUAUUUCUGACUGAGGUGUGGGCAUAUGAGAAAAGAGGAAAGGAAUAAAAGAUAGAUAAGUAGAAAUAAGAAUAAACAAAUAAAUGACCCUCCCUGACUUACGUGUUAGGUAAAAGACAAUCUGAGAUGAAUUAGUAGAUGAGAUGGUCGUCAGUGCACUGGCCCUGGACUUGAAUGUGAAAUGCCUGCCUAUAGAUACACACAGGCUUAGUACAUAUGUAUUUAGUAGAAUGAUACUGCUGUAUUUAAGUAUUAUACCAAUAAAUGGAUGGUGUUUGCAUUAUGA